AUGCAUUGCUGCAGCCCUGGCAACAAACAGCUGACCGCAAUUGCGUGUUUGUGAAUUUAAGAAAAACAACUAAAAUGUUACGUCAAGUUUUGAACUCUGCAUCUGUGCGCCGCUUACUGGUCUCACCCACACGCUGCAUGAGCGGCAAACAAAAUGUGCCCGACAAGAUCGAGUACUCAACUCCGCCGGAAAUAAUUGAUUACGAAGAAUCGCCCCAUUUACCAGUGCCAGAGUAUCCCAUCAGACCCGAUGAGCCGCUUGAGACACGCAAGCAAAGACUCCUAUAUCAAUCGCGUAAACGCGGAAUGCUGGAGAAUGAUUUGCUCCUGAGCACUUUCGUGGCCAAAUACCUGAAGGACUUCGAUGCCGAGGAGACGGCUCAAUACGAUCAGCUCAUCAAUGGCGUAAGCAACGAUUGGGAUAUCUAUUAUUGGGCAACAAAUACGAAGCCAACGCCGCCGGAAUACGAUACGGAUGUCAUGAAGUUGUUGAAGCAACAUGUCAAAAAUACGGAACGUGUGCAGCGCAUCAGGCAGCCGGACUUGUAAAUUCCUAUUAUAUAAUCAAGUAUCUAUAAGCUAUUAAGCAAUGCUGCAUAUUAU